CUUACUUGCAGCUCAAGUCAUGCAUUUUCUGGAAUAUCCUUAUUACCUCACCAUAUCCUUGCCUUACAGUAGCCUAUUUCAUAAUUUAUCAGGACGUACCUGUGUAUACCUGUGUCCACCUAUCUCUGUCACCUGUAUUACGCCCUCCACAGGCUCUGCCUGUCUUUCUGUUUCUGUCUUUCUGUUUGUCUGUGUUUGUGUGCAUCUCCAGGCUCCAGUGAUCCAGUCCAUCCUACCUGCACAAGAUCCACACCUGCGGUCCAGUUUCCCAAUAACUUGCGGUGACAUACCCUGGUUUGCCCUCCACUCACCGCCAGAUCGUUGUUUUUACAACCUGAAACAUCCCACUCACCCCAACUCUCCAUCUGCCUGCCUACCCGCUCUGCUUGCUACCUGCCUCUCGGUGUUUAAAAUGACCAAACCCAAAAGCAGGCCUUGCCCUUACUGCCAGGUCAUAAACACAGCCAACCGCAAAACAUGCCUUUCAUGUUUUACAAGCCUCUCAACAAAAGAGAGGGUUAAGUCCAAGGAGGAGAGUUUGCAUGUUGGGGACUGGGGGGAGAAUGUAAAGAAGCACCGCAACGCAGGCAGAGUGAUAGAUUCAGCCCGCAUAUCUGUCAAUAAGCUGCAUGAACUGGACUUAAAGCCCCUGCUCUUCAUGGGGAAAGAGAAGAGAGGGGGGGGGGGGGGUUUACAGCAGAGACCACAAUAGCCUUCUUGCCACAGCUGGUGAAGAAACACCAGAAGAAACACCAGAAGCAACAUCCCCUGCCUCCACUCAGGAUCAAACCUUCACCCUUAACCUUGUGCCGGUCCCCCACACACCUCCUAUGACUCCCUCUCUCUCUUCAUCUACUCUUCCU